UUAAUCAGGAUAGAAUAAGAAAACAUAGUGAAAGGGAAGCUGAAAUUAUCGACAGCCAAAGGAAAUCACAGACAGCAUCGGCAGCAAAGCAACGACAGAGGAAGAAGCAUGAGCAGCAAUCAAGGGAAGCUAAAACCAUCAAGCUCCGAAUUGGAUUUGGAUCGACCGAAUAUCGAAGAUUAUCUCCCUUCUGGAGUCUCCAUUCAUGAACCCCACGGCGAGCUUCGCCUAAGCGAUUUGCUUGACAUUUCUCCCAUCUUAACUGAAGCAGCUGGUGCCAUUGUUGAUGUAAUCUCUCUCUCCCUAAUUCCUUGUAACAAAUCUGCAUGUUUUUAUGGAAAGAAAGCAAAUUCAAAUACUUUGAUGGAUUUAUUUAUAUGGGAUUCAUUCACGCGGUGUUUUAAGUCGAAUCCUCCCGAACCGUGGAACUGGAAUGUGUAUUUGUUUCCUCUCUGGUGUUUCGGCGUGGUAGUUCGGUACUUGAUUUUGUUCCCUGCAAGGGCUAUAGUUUUGACAAUAGGAUGGAUAAUAUUUCUGUCAUGCUUCAUUCCUGUUCACUUUCUUCUCAAAGGGAACGAUGCCUUGCGGAAAAAGUUGGAGAGGGUUUUGGUGGAGCUAAUCUGCAGCUUCUUUGUUGCUUCCUGGACUGGAGUUGUUAAGUACCAUGGACCACGGCCUAGCAUGCGGCCCAAACAGGUGUUUGUGGCCAAUCAUACUUCUAUGAUCGAUUUCAUCAUAUUAGAACAGAUGACUGCAUUUGCUGUCAUUAUGCAGAAGCACCCUGGAUGGGUUGGACUGCUACAGAGCACUAUUUUAGAGAGUGUAGGGUGUAUUUGGUUUAACCGUUCAGAGGCCAAAGAUCGUGAAAUUGUAGCAAAGAAGUUAAGGGAUCAUAGCCAGGGGGCUGACAAUAACCCUCUUCUCAUAUUUCCCGAAGGGACGUGUGUAAACAAUCAAUACAGCGUUAUGUUCAAAAAGGGUGCAUUCGAACUUGGUUGCACAGUUUGCCCGAUUGCAAUAAAGUACAAUAAAAUUUUUGUUGAUGCCUUUUGGAAUAGCCGGAAGCAGUCCUUCACAAUGCAUUUGUUGCAGCUUAUGACAUCCUGGGCUGUUGUUUGCGAUGUUUGGUACCUUGAGCCCCAAAAUCUAAGGCCUGGAGAAACGCCCAUCGAGUUUGCGGAGAGGGUCCGAGACAUAAUAUCUGUUCGAGCAGGUCUUAGAAAGGUUCCAUGGGACGGAUAUCUGAAGUAUUCUCGCCCAAGCCCUAAGCAUAGAGAGCGAAAACAACAAAACUUUGCUGAAUUUGUUCUUCGGCGACUGGAAGAAAAGUGAUUGAUAUAAUGUACAUUUUGUUCGGUUAAUGUAAGGAUUGCUCUUUGAUCUUUGGUCCUUCAAAUUGUUGUCGGUGUUUGUGUUUAGGUUUAUUUUUCAAUGCGCACAUGCUGCAGAGAUGA